UUUCGUUGAUUAUUUAAUUUUGAAAUUUUCCAAGAUGUUCAUGUUUCUCAUUAUCGGAUUACGGAUUAUCUUACCAUGUAAGCGUAGCAACCCGGAGAAUUGAUAAUAGGCAUAAUUUCUUACAUAAGAUAUGUCGAUUAAAUUAAUUCAUGUAAAUGCCGUGUAUGGCAAUCAACUGUGGCAAGUUUUUCGACAGUCACGUAUUCAGCAUUUUACUAAGUUCUACCAGUUGUCAUAUAACAAAAGAAAUGAUAACCUCCUUGGAACCAAAGUCUUUCAUACAAUGUCUAGUGAUAAAGUCAAAGCAGAUCUUAGAGGUAUCUUGAAUGCUGGUAUUGGGGCAGUUUUACCCAGGUCAAUUGUAGAAAAUAAAAUAAAAUAUGAAGAUGGCAAGUUUCUUGUUGGAGAGGAAGAAUUUGUUAUUAAGAAAGACGUGUAUCUGGUGGGUUUUGGAAAAGCAGUUAUGGGAAUGGCCAUUGCCUUGGAGCGUAUCCUGGGUGAGACUUUGAAGAAAGGGAUAAUCAGUGUACCUAAAGGAUCUGGAGAGAAGAUUUGGGAGACUCAGGAUUUUAAGAAUUUUCCAAAGCUCAAGGGAUGUUUGGAGUUUCGUGAAGGAGCAGCAAAUAACAUGCCAGAUGGUGAUUCGCUAGAGACUACUAUACAUAUUAUGGAAAUGGUUAAGACUUUGAGAGAGGAAGACACACUGAUGGUUUUGGUCUCUGGAGGUGGAUCUGCCUUAUUAUUUCUUCCAAAGCCUCCAUUAUCGUCGAAUACCAAGCAGCAGUUUUGUAAAAAACUACAAAAUGCUGGAGCAGACAUAAAGGAGCUCAAUAUUGUCAGAAAGAGCAUUUCCUUGGUCAAGGGUGGUGGUCUAGCUAAAGCAGCUUAUCCAGCAUCAGUGAUAGGUCUAGUCCUAUCUGAUAUAAUUGGGGAUCCUAUUGAUUUAAUUGCUAGUGGUCCAACAGUUCCUAAUAAGAAUACUCCAGAGGAUGUCAUAGCUAUUUUAAAAAAGUAUAAAUUGUACGAUGAUCUUGAGGAGGAUCUAAAGGCUGUGCUGAUAUCAAAGGAAGUCGAGAAUCAGUUUGAUCAUGUAAAAAAUAUUAUUCUUGCCAAUAACCAGCUGGCUAUAAAAGCUGCAGAAAAAGAGGCUCUAAAGAAGGGUUUAACUCCAAUAACUUUGUGCAACCAUGUCCAAGGGCUAGUCCAAGAUGUCAGCAAAUAUUAUACUGAUAUUGCAGAACUAGUGUGUUUGGCAUUGCAAAGUAAAGUGAGUAAAGAUGAAUUUCUCAACAAAGUUUCACAGCACCCCACCCUGGCAUUGCCGAAGGAGAAAGUCGACGAGAUCUUUCGAUCUAUUGAUCAGAUUCCAGUAAGUGGAUUUCUCCUAAUUGGAGGUGGUGAGCCCACAGUCGUAGUGAGUGGACCAGGAAAGGGUGGAAGGAACCAGGAACUGUCAUUGUAUUUUUCUAUGAAUUGGUUGACCAAAAUACAUCAAAAUCCCGUUUUGGCAGAAUUUGAAGUUAUAUUACUCAGUGCGGGUACUGAUGGUCAGGAUGGACCAACAGAUGCUGCAGGAGCUUUCGGAUAUGCUGAUAUUGUCGCAAUUGUUCAAGAUCUGCUAACAAAAAUUAAAAUUCUUUAUAAUAAACAAAUUACUGAACAACCGCUGAAACAAGAUAAAAAACCACAAACGGUUCUAUACAAUGGAAUAAAAUAUGAAUUAGAAGACACCGAUCCACUGACUUUAAUGAAAGUGGAACUGGAGCGAAUGCGUCCAGAAAAUACUCUACAAAACAAUGAUUCUUAUAACUUUUACAGCAGAUUCAAAAAUGGCAAAGAUUUAGUUAAAACUGGCCUCACUGGUACUAACGUUAUGGAUCUACAUUUUAUAUAUAUUGCUAAAAGAGAUUGUGAGUGCACAGUAGACUUGAAGUCAAUAUUUAAAUGCCCAGAUCCUUUCGAGGAUCACAAUUUAAAAACAGACCUUUCGAUGCUCCAAAAAGUGGAAGAAAAAGUGCCACCGAAGGGGAACUCAGAGGACUUACUAAAUAUCAAAAUUCUAGAUAAGAAUUUAACACAUUCUUGUUGCACGAAGCAAAAGAAAUCUUAAAUUUCUUAAAAGCGAUAGAUUCUUUAUAGUGAUUUCAUAUUUUUGUACAUAUGUACAGUAUUUACUUAAGAGCACAACUUAUACCGAUUAAUCCAAUAAAAGGAUACCAUUUUGGUUAA